AUGCGUGUUGCUCCCGCUGUGGGAUCUGGCGUACCCCGCCGCACUUGCCUUCCCGGCGGGCCGCCUGUUGCCGGAGGAGAGUGGGCGUGGGCGCGACAGGGGCGGGGCGCGUCCUGCGGCUCCAGGUGGCCCCCGCCGCAGCACCUCCAGCUGCUGAAGCUCGGGAGACGGCGCGGGAUGGGUGCGCAGGAGUGCCAGAAGGCUGCGCAGGAGGGCGAGGCGGCCGUGGCGCCGGGGCCCCUCGAUCCUGACUCCGUGGCGGCCUGGUGGGACAUGGCCGUGCGAAACCUGCAAUUUGUUCCAGGCUCUUGUUCAACACUCAGAAGAAAAAUUGCUGCUCUGUAUAACAGCUUAACUAGUAAACCAUUAAAAGAACACAUUUUCCCUCCUUUGAUGGACAUGCUAAUUUUUUUUAAUUUUUACAAAGCACCAUAUCUUGUGGAUUUAAAGAAACCGGAGAAAAAGAUUGCUCACACAGUGAACUUCUACAUCAAAGUGGAACCUGGGGUGAUGUUGGGAAUCUGGCACACAGUCCCCAGAUGCCGGGGUGAAGAUGCUAAGGGGAAGGACCAUUGCUGGUAUGAGGCAGCUCUUCACGAUGGCAACCCAAUUAUUGUUUAUCUCCACGGCAGUGCAGAAAACAGGGCAGCUUCUCACCGACUUAAACUAAUAAAGGUGCUGAGUGACGGUGGCUUUCAUGUCUUGUCUGUUGACUACAGAGGGUUUGGGGACUCCACGGGUAAGGCCACAGAGGAGGGACUCACCACAGACGCAGUUUAUGUCUAUGAAUGGACCAAGGCAAGAAGUGGCACCACCCCUGUGUGCCUCUGGGGCCACUCUUUGGGAACAGGCUACUGUGCAAGUUUUAAUUUUUUUUUUUUUAAACAGAUUUACCGUAAACUUCCAAGGUUUUUACGCCUGCUUAUGGAUUCCUUGAGAAAAGACAAAAUAGUCUUCCCUAAUGAUGAAAAUGUUAAGUUCCUGUCUUCCCCCCUUCUCAUCAUACAUGGAGAGGAUGACAAGACAGUGCCUUUGGAGUUUGGAAAAAAGCUCUAUGAAAUCGCAUACAACGCAUACCGGGAUAAAGAGAGGGUCAAGAUGGUUAUCUUUCCUCCUGGCUUCCACCACAACCUCCUUUGUAAAAGCCCCAUACUACUAAUAACUGUAAGAGAUUUCCUGAGCAAGCAGUGGGCAUGAGACAAUGGUCCUAGAGCAGCAGAAAUCUUCAACGAAGACUUGGUCCAAACACCACCUGUGAUGUGUAUUUUUUGAUGUAACAUUUUACUGGGUUGCUUGGAUGAGCUGAAGUCAUUGACGUUUCUACAAGUCACUGGCCAUUUUAAUAAGGGGAAGCAUGGAUGCUAGGCCGCAUAUCCUAUCAUUUGGCCUAUCAAAGUCUACUUUGUGAAACAUGCUGAAACCUCACUGUGGAAAAUCAGAACUUGGUAAAGUUUGGAUCCCAUCUAAAAAUGUGUACUUACCAAACAUCCGGGAUAUUUGUGAGUAAGGUGGUCUCUGACUUGGACUUAGACAACAAGUGUAAGAAAGGUGCUCCAAUGUAGUUAAAUCAUUUGUAUUUUACUCAGUUAAUUUAAAUGACAUUAAAAAGUUCCAAGCAAUUCUGAAAGCUUUCUGACUAGCUCUGGGGAAAGUACUGGCAUGCUACCCAUUCUGCUAUAACAUAUUAAGUUUUGGCACUCAUGUAGCCCUUGGAAUUGACACUUUUUUUUUUUUUUUAGCC